AUGAGGCUUCGAAAGACGCGCUUCGUUUGUGUCUCUGACACGCACGGAUACACGCCAUCAGAAGCAGGGUUCAAACUACCAGCGGGAGAUAUCUUGAUUCAUGCAGGAGAUCUUACGAACCAAGGCAGUCUAUCCGAGUUGCGCAAAACGAUCGAAUGGAUUUCCGAGGCUGACUAUGAGGUCAAGAUAGUUGUCUGCGACACAAGCUUUUAUGCCAAAUACGGAUCGACCUUCCAUAAUCAGCAUCCAGAAAGCUCCGAGCAAUGCAUUGAAGUUGUGAGGGCAGGAUCACCCUCGAUACUAUUUCUCCAGCACCAGUCAGCACUAGUCCGCUUGACCCGGGCCGACGGCCCCAAGACCACAUUUAAAGUAUUUGGCUCGCCCUACUCCCAGUUCAUCGGGAACUGGGCAUUCGGAUACGAGUCGGCCGACGCUGCUGCGCUCUGGGGGCAGAUUCCAUUGGACGCUGACAUUGUCGUCACGCAUUCGCCGCCUCAUUCUCACUGUGACAGUCUGAGCACUGGCGAGCUCGUCGGGUGCAAGGCCCUGCGUCAGGCAUUGAGCAAGGUGAGACCUCUGCUUGCCGUUUGCGGCCAUGUACAUCAUGCGCGAGGCUAUGAGAGGGUCAAAUGGUCCUCACCAUCGUCAUCCAAUGUCGGACCGGAACAAACCGAGCAUCAGGCUAUGCGAGGUGUCCUGCCUCCUCUAGGAAGCAAGAAGCAAAGCCUAGUUGAUUUAACGGGCAAAAGGGCCGAGCGUCUGGACAACGAUGGCUACUCUGUCGAUGCGAACCCAAAUUUGCCGACGGCACCAUUCAUACCGUCAGAGAAUGCCCUGCUAUUGCCCUCAAUCACAGCCUCCGCACCCAUGAUGCCCGACAGUCCGAAGCAGAGUCGAAUUUCGCCUUUUCCGUCCCUUUCGAGCUCAAUCGAGGACACUCGCACUGACGAAAUCCGGUUCCGAAGAAAGGAGACGUGCAUCGUCAACGCCGCUAUCAUGGCAAGCAACUGGCCGCACCGAGGGGGGAGGAAAUUCCAUCCUCCUAUUGUAGUUGACCUGGAGCUGCCGACCUGGACAGAACCUGAGUAG